AAAGUUGAGUCUGGAAUGUUGCCAGAGACAUAUAGAAGAGUAGGCUAAAGUGAAUUAAGCUGUACUGCAAAAUUCUACAAGAAUAAGAUGCCUUCCGUAGGUCGUUAUGAGAUUCUUGAGGAAAUUGGAAGAGGGACGUAUGGAGUCGUUCACCAAGCUCAGCUUAAAUAUGGGAAUGGGAAUCAGAAGGCAAGUAACAUGCUAGAACUUGAAUAAGGGAUAUUUAUAGUAAACCGAAAGUAAAGUCAUGCACAAAGUCCCCUCGGACAGAAAUAGAGCUGUGGAAAGAAAAGGAAACCAUUUCAAAAUCACGAGAAAUGUACACUUUGCGAAAUACAUUGUAAUUGUAUUUCAUCCUAUCAUUAAUGAUAUGCAUGCUGUUGAACGAUGUUUAUACCUUUUAAUUAUUACAAUAAUGUGUUCAACAUAAAAAAAAAUAUGAUGAGGGAAAAAGAACUGAUACGUAAUUAGUAAAAGAAUUCUGUAUUCAUUAUACUGCCAUAUUGUAUUUUAUUUACUGGUGGGUGUAAAUACAAAAUAUACAAUAUGAGAAGUUGCCAUAUUGUAAUUUUUAGCUCACCUGAGCCGAAGGCUCAAGUGAGCUUUUCUGAUCACAUUUUGUCUAUGAACUUUUCACAUUUUCAUCUUCACCAUAACCGCUGAGCCAAAUUCAAUCAAACUUGGUACAAAGUAUCCUUGGGUGAAGGACUUUCAAGUUUAUUCAAAUGAAUGGAAAGAUAAUCACGAAAAUGAAAAAAUAGGGUAGGGUCAUUUGUAAACCUUCUUCUCAUAAACCACUGUGCCCGGAAAGUUCAAAUUUACAUGAAAGCUUCCUGGCAUAGUGCAAAGUCAAGUUCUUUAAAAUCAUGGCUCCCGGGGUAGGGUGGGACCAAAAUAGGGGAUCAAAGUUUUACAUGGGAAUACAAGUAUAUAGGAAAAAUCUUUAAAAAUCUUCUCAAGAACUACUGUGUCAGAAAAGUUUACAUUUACAUGAAAGCUUCCUGACAGUGCAGAUUCAAGUUUGUUCAAAUCAUGGCCCCCAGGGGUAGAAUGGGGCCACAAUAUGGGAUCAAAGUUUUACAUGCAAGUAUAUUGAGAAGUUAAAAGGUUCGAUGAUUAGAUCUAAGGCAAAAUGGAUAGAUGAAGGAGAAAAGCCCACAGAAUAUUUCUGUAAUCUAGAAAAAAGAAAUUACACAAAUAAGACAAUUCAAAGAGUUGAGAAGGAAGAUGGGAAAAGUUAUUACAGAUCAAGAUGAUAUAUUGGAAGAAACAUGUAAAUAUUAUGAGAACUUGUACAAAAUAAAAAAAAACCACAGGGUGAAUUGAGGGAAUGGGAAAGAGAUGAAGUAUUUGAAAAUAUAAGAAAACUAUCAUAUGAGGAAGCCAAUAAUUUAGAAGGGGGGGGGGAUAACCUAUAAAGAAACAACAGACACAUUAAAAAUAAUGAAUAAUAAUACCAGUACAGGAAGUGAUGGUUUUACAACAGAGUUUUUCAAAUUUUUCUGGACAGAUUUAGGCCAUUUUGUAACUAGGUCAUUAAAUUAUGUAUAUGAAAAGGGAGUACUCAAAAACAGGAGGUUAUCACUUGUUUACCAAAACAAGACAAACCAAAACAUUUUUUUUAAAAACUGGAGACCAAUAACCUUAUUAAAUACUGUUUACAAAAUAGGAUCAGGAUGUAUAGCAAAUCGAAUAAAACAUAUUCUACUAAAAUUAAUAAAUGGGGAUCAAACAGGAUUUAUACCAAGCAGAAAUAUUGCAGUAAAUACUAGACUGAUAUAUGAUAUAAUGAACUAUACUCAAGUAAAAACAUUCUACUCAUAGACUUUGAAAAAGCUUUUGAUACGGUGUCUUGGGAUUAUUUAAUUCGUGUUAUGAAACUAUUCAAUUUUGGUGAAUCUAUAAUCAACUGGAUUAAAAUUUUUCUUAACAACAAUAAUUCAGGGUGGAAAUCUAUCUAGAUGGUUUAGAAAUGGACGUGGCUGUAGACAAGGGGACCCCAUCUCUCCCCAUUUGUUUCUAUUGUGUGCAGAAAUAUUAGCAAUAAAGUUAAGGGGUAAUGAUAAAAUCAAUGGUAUAAAGAAUUGGAAAUAUAACGCAUCUCAUCUCGCAAUUUGCAGAUGAUACUUCUCUUUUCUUAGAUGGCACUAAAAACUCACUGGAAAUUGCUUUGAAUGAAUUAAAAGACUUAAAAGAGAAAUGUCAGGACUAUCGGUUAAUUACUCUAAAGGCGAAGUAAUAUGGAUUGGAAGUAAAAGGAAUGCAAUAGAAACAUUAGUGGAUGAUACAGAAUUAUCAUGGAAUGAAACAAAAUUUAAAGCAUUAGGAAUUGAGUUUGACACUAAUCUAAGUCAAAUUGUGAAGAUAAAUUAUGACAAAAAAAUUGCUUCUAUUAAGAAUUUAUUAAAACAAUGGAAAAGAAGAAAUCUGAAUCCAAUUGGCCGCAUAACUGUUAUAAAAUCUCUAGCAAUCUCAAAAAUUGUACAUUUGUUUAUUUCCUUACCGAAUCCAUCAAAAGAUACUAUUGACCAAUUAAACUGUCUAUUUUUUGAAUUCCUGUGGAAAAGUCCUGUUCAUAAAGUAAAAAAGUCUAUAGUUACCCAGGAGUAUGAAAAGGGUGGUUUAGACAUGAUAAAUAUAGAAAAUUUUAUUGCAAGUAUGAAAAUAUCUUGGGUUAAAAUUGCUGCAGAGUUCAGCAAAAUGGCAAUUUGUCAUAGGCGAAGAUAUCAAUAUUAGUCAGGUCAUUAGAUAUGGCCCAACAUAUGCAUUAAAGAAUAUUGAAAAAUCAAAAAACAAAUUUUGGCAAGAUGUUUUUAAUUCUUGGAAAAAACUGGAGAAUUGUUUUCAAAAUGAAUUGACACCAGAAAAAAUGGGUAAAACUGUUCUCUGGUACAAUGAAAAACUUAAAGUAGAUAAAAAAUUAAUGUCUUUGAAGGAAUGGUGUAAAAACAAUAUUUACUUAAUAAAUUCGUUACUGGAUGAGGAAGGGAAUAUAAGACUUAUGCUCAAUUCAAAACAAUAUUUGAUAUUAAAUGGCCAUUUUUGGAGUAACACAAGCAGUAAAGAAAAUGACGAAAGAUUUUAAUAUUGAUCAUCUGAUUAAAGAAAAUAUUGAAUUCUAGCAAAGAAAAACCAACUGGACAAAAAAAAAUAUGGGAUAAACAAUUUGAAAUAUCUAGUGAAGAAUGGAGAAGAAUUCAUAAGGAUGUUUUUUAUGAACACAAAAGAUAGUAAAUUACAAUGGCUACAAUAUCGAGUAAAUCAUAGAAUUUUAACGACAAACACUUUUUUGAAAAUGAUUGGGAAAUCAGACAGCGAUUUAUGUGCUUUUUGUUUAGAGGAGAGAGAAUCAUUGGAACACAUUAUGUAUAAUUGUGAAAAAGUCAAUAUUUUUUAAAGAAAUGUGCAAUGUUGGUUUAUUGAAACCUUUUCAUUCAAUAUUAUAACGGAUAAGAAAACUUUUAUCCUUGGAUGUUCGAAAAUUAAAAUGGUAAACUUUGUAAAUUACCAUUUGAAACAUUAUAUAUACUUAACCAAAUGUACAGGAGAUUGUAUGUCAUUGAGUACAUUUAAAGCCACUUGGACUAAUGUAUACAGAGUGGAAAAACAAAUUGCAAGUAAAUAUAAUUGUACAGAUCAGUUUGAAAAGAAAUGGAAAUUAUUUGAAACAUUAGCUCAAGUAUAACGUAAACUAUGUUAAAACAAAAAUAUCCUAAAAUGCUUCUUUUUUAGUAUUACAUGUAUAUACAUUUGUUAUAAUUUUUCUUUUUCUUCGUAAGAAGUAAGGUAAAUGUAUAUUCAAUCAAUAGUGUGUUUAAAGUAGUAUUUUUUUUUUAAUAACAACCUUGGUAUUACAUCAUAUAUCUGAUUGUUAAUUAUCAUAGUAUGCUAUAGUAUGAUAUUUAUGAACUCAGCCAGAGUACAUUGUAAUUUUUUUUUUUUUACUUUUUUUUUUUUUUUUACUUCUAGCCUUUGUUUAGUGUGAAUGUGUGAACGAAAGAGUUGGAAUUCUUAAAACCCUGUACCCCCUGGUCAUGUUGGGUUGUAAGGGUUGUGUAAAAGCCUGACUAUAUAACUAUAUACCUGAAUAAAUGUUGUUAAAACUGAAAAAAAGAAGCUGAAUAAUACUGGACAGAGGAACAUAUAUAAAGUCUCAUAAUACUGUUUAAUUUCCUUAAGAAUAUCAAACUGUUUAUAUAUAAUACCCUUUUCUGGAAUUUCAACCUUUUUUGUUAAAAAAAAAAAAAAUCGUAACACAAGAUGACAAACGUAUUUUGUAGGCGUGUCCCCUUCUUCCACCCACUUGGCCUUAGAUCUGAUCAUUUUCUGUUUUGAUUUUUCCUUUCUUAAUUUUUCGAGCAUGGUUUUCUUUUCCUCCAAUAGAGAGAGAUCAGAGAUUAUUUUCCCCUCGUUUUGUAAAUAAAGCAUGGCACUGUCAGUCCCUGAUUUCCAUAAGAAGAAUAUCGAAGAAAACAGCGUCAUCAACUAAAGUCCGAGACUCUGCUCCAUUCAGGUCUUGAAAAUAUCUCUUUUUAUUUGUUGUAUUUUUAAUAUACUCUCUCAUGUAAUAAAUUACCAUUUUAAAAAUUACCAAAGUCCAUUUCCUCUUUCAAAUGAGUUAAACUUUAGUUCAACUACAACUGAAGAAUGCUCCGAUGUAUAUUCAAUAUUAAAGUUUUUAAUAAUAUUUGAAAAAGAGGGUGCCGCACAGAAGCGGUAAUAUUCCCUAAUCGGAGCCUUUUGUCUGGUAUUUAAACACCAGUGACGUAGAACUUACAUGCACCUUUAUUCCUAUUUGAACUCUUAUUACGUAUUUGCCAUUUAAAUACCCGUGAACUAAGGGCAAGCCUAAAUUAUUUUGUGUCUGUACAUAGUCUAAACAUGAUUUUUGAAAUCGUGAAAAUUAAAUUUGUUUUAUUUUUCUGAGUAUUAGACACAAUGUAUAGGGUUACGAGUGUAUCAAAUAUUUAAUAUUAUAUACUACUACAGUCUAAAAGUAUAUAUACCCGUAUGUAUUAUUUUCUACAACCAUCUGUACAUAACUCUGACCACAAAACAAAAUAUGGGAAGUUUAAUACGUAUUAAUAAAGUUCAACAAAAUUUCAAGUACAUGCACCUGAAAACAUUGAUUUACCAUAGCAAUUUUCUACUGGAAUACAUAUUGUCUUAUCCAUUAAAACUGUUUAACAUUUAUUUACCUUGUUUGACAUUUUUCUUUCAAAGUUUUAAAACCUGUGAAUUCUCGUUAACAGCCUUGACUAUUAAAACACAGGUAUUCGGCGUGUUUGUUGCGACUCCCAUUCACAAACUAAACAGUGUCUAGGUUGGAAUUUUAUUUCAAACUCGGCAAAAUGUAAGUGUGUUUCAAUUAAGAAAAAAGAUGGAAAACGUAAUAUUUAAAAAAAAAAAAUCUUUUGUCUGUGAGGGAUUCGAACUUAAGUUCUAAUGGAAAACUAAUGUACAGGUGAAGUUGAAAUUGAUAUCAGUGAAACCGUUUCGAUUCUUUGAAAUUUACCAAAAAAUGCCCUCUUGAAACAAAAUUUCAAAGCGGCAGUUUUUUAGGGGAAAACUCGAAGACCAUGUUCAUGCUAAAUUGAUUUUGUUUCAUGGAGGCAGUUUUUCUGAAAUUCGGGGAUACAUGUACCCCACUAUUUUAACGCUAAAAAUCAUAUAAAUUCCUUAUUGCUUGAUUCAAACUCAAAUUAUUUUGGCUAAUUCUUGUUAAUACACGUUUUUAAAACUUAUUUUCAAAAAUGUUUGAAUCAAGACAUAAGUUCCAAUUGGUUUUAUCAUAUAUUUGAGUAACGUUAUCUUAUCGAUAUCACACGCAACACCUUUAGGGAAAUUAACAUGAGACGUGCAACACCUUCUUUUCUGAAGUAAAAAAUAGUCAAGGCGUUCCUGUUUAACCCGAUUCUUCCUUCUUCAUAUGUAAUCACGUGGGGAUCCGGGUUGGAAUAGGUCCUCAGUAUCCCUUGCUUGUCGUAAGAGAUGACUAAUGGGGCGGUCCUUCGGAUGAGACCUCAAAAACCGAGGCCCCGUGUCACAGCAGAUGUGGCACGAUAAAGAUCCCUCCCUGCUCAAAGGCCGUAAGCGCCGAGCAUAGGCCUAAAUUUUGCAGCCCUUCACCGGCAAUGGUGACGUCCCCAUAUGACUGAAUGAUUCUCGAAAGGGACGUUAAACAAUAUUCAAUCAAUCAAUCAAUCAAUUCUCCAUGUGUAUAUUUUUUAUCCGGAUUACGAAUUCUGUAGUAGUCAACGAAAUUUAUAGGAGUUAUGAGAUUGAUCACUGUUCGUUAUCUUCACCUUUUCUAUACGUUUGCAGCGAGUUUUGGGGUUGUUUGCAUUUGAAUAAUUAAAAGUGUCCAGAGUUAAAAUUAAGAGUAGGGCAAACACGGACCCCUGGAUAUACCAGAGGUAGGAUCAUGGGCCUAGGAGGACUAAGCAUCCCCUGUCGACCACGCCCGCUAUGAGCCCUAGAACUUGAUCAGGAUUUUGCAGUCAAGGAAAUAAACUUCAAGAAGGCAAAUUCAAAAGAACUGGAACACCUAGCUAGAGAAGAGGAUAUUCUAAAAUCGUUAUGUGAACAAAGGCACGAAAAUAUCGUACAGUAUAUCGAAUCCUUCAAGAUCAACACCAUCUUAUAUCUAGUGAUGGAGUACUGUGCUGGUGGGUCUUUAUACCAAUACUUAAGAGAACGAAAUACCGGUUUGGAUGAAAAUGAGUUCAAAACAUAUCUUGAACAGAUAUUAAAUGGAGUCCAGUAUCUUCACUCUAAGGAUAUCUUACACAGAGAUUUGAAAACAAAGAAUAUUCUUCUUACUUCGGAUGGUAGAAUCAAAAUAGCAGACUUUGGAGUUGCCAAAAGGGUACAAACCUGCAGCAAGGCUGCCAACACGGUCAUGGUGGGAACAUUGUACUAUGCUGCUCCAGAAAUGAUGGACAGUAAAGGCAUCUAUUCUAAAAAAGUUGAUAUUUGGGCCAUUGGUUGUGAUUGUUAUGAAAUGGGUACUUCAAAGUACGCAUUUGAAAGUAAAAAUAUUGAGGAACUUAAAGAGGCUGUGAAGAGAAACAAGCUACCCAAUAUCAACAGUCUUCGUUUUUGUGAAAAAAUGCAAGAAAUGAUAAUUACAAUGCUUGCUACGAAUCCCGCCAAUCGUCCAGAAGCCAAAACACUGCACAACGAGGUGUCGCGUCACCAUUGUCAAAACACAGACCAGACAAUCAAAACUAACAAACAGACACAGGUGUUCUCACAUUCUACAUCAAAACCAGGUCAACCCACGGAGAAAGUAUUUCUGAGCAGCCAACGCUCCAAUAUAUCCACUAUACAUGGCAGAGAACCAAUGCAAAACACAGAUUCUUUUGAUGCAAAAGACAAAGGGGACUUUAUUUCCAUUGAAGGUUCAUUGCUACCACCUGAUCAAGAAAAUGAUCAUAUACUACAAAAGAGUGGAGAACAGUGUACAGAUUCCUUCACAUCAGGCAGAAAAAUGUCAUCUUCUUCCUUCCAAGACUCCCAGGAUGACGACAUCGUAACCCUUUAUAAGAAGUCAACGGAUAAAUUUGACAAGUGUGUAAGAAUGCUAUACAACACAUUAUGCAGCAAAGGAGGACGAGAUGUUCAUCGCAAACUUGGAAUGCUCUUAAUGGAGGAGACUUCUUCUGUGGGAUUUGAACAAAAAGUUGACAAACUGCUCGGAGAAAGAUUCAAUACUUUACGACCUUUAGUACUCACGUUAAAGAAUUUAGAGGACGGACUGAAGGAAUACUCCAGGAACAAAUAGACGAGAAAAAUCACCACUCUGAUGCAAGAAAUGGGGAUCAUCAGACUUGUGAAUUCAAUAUUUCUUGAGAAACCAAAAGAAAAUGGACUUGGGCCUUCUGAAAGAUGUUACUAGGCAGCUUGGUUUAUACUGAGUUAAAUAUAAUUAAUUUUUGAGCCUCUGGAUAAAAAAGAGUUCAAGAAAUGUUGCAUUAACUUUCUGUAACGCACAGUCGAUCAAAAUCAUAUCGGCGAGAUAUCAGAUUGCAAGAAAGAAAAUAGUGUAACAUCGAUGAUGGUCAACUUUGAAUAAAUGGAUAAUAAAUGCUCUACAUAUGCUCAUCAA